CAUGAAUACAACCAAGAAGCACUGUUGAAUCAAUAACUUUAAGAUGGAUAUUCUCAAUCCAAUCAAUCCUGCAAGAUGACAAAUAUUCUUUUCACUAUGUGCCUCGUGAUGGAUGAGCGGCGGGGUGGUCCCCCGAUCUUUGGCGUGGUUCACCAUGCCUAAGAGACUGGACCAAUGUUAGCCGAGUAAAGUGACAUGACUGGUCACCUUUCCUCAAAGAUUACCCGGUCAUUUCUUGAGUUCAACCCGUCUCUUUGGUCUUCCGGAAUAUCCUCCAUAACAUUAGAGCCCACGCUCGAGCUGGAGGACGCCUGCGAGAAACUUCUCAAUGGUGAUCCUAUGACCGGGAAGCCUUACGUUUAUGGAGGCUGGGUGUACCGAUUACUGAACCCGAAUGGGGGUGUAUCUGCGACUCAUGACGCAGAAGAUGACCGGGACAACUCCCCGGAUGGUUAUGCUGAGACCAGUUCUCUUCAUCCAGACAUGAACUUCACUGGGAUUGCCAACCUUGACGAGUCUAACGAUGAAGUCCUCCUUGGCGACCGGUCUUCUAUCAACAAACCUCCUUCCCCUCCCCAAGUCUCUAAAAUGGAAGGGGCUACAACUUCCCAGUGCACCCCUCUCCAUGACCUCAUCUGGGACAAGAAGGGGGAUUCCAUUGAAGAUGCCUUUCUAGCCUUGGAAAAAAGACUUCGCAAGGCCGGGGUUAUUUCAGAAGAAGUUGGCCAAUCACUCUUGGAGCCACAGGACCAGGUCUCCCAACUUGCCCUCCUCCUUGACUAUGCCAAGUUGGAGAUCAAUGACCGGGCUGAAAGGGAGAAGAGGCUGGAGGAAGAGCUGAUGGCGGAAAGAGCCAAGCUAGAGGAGGACAGGGCCAGGUCUGCCCUUUUGGAAGAGGAAGGGAAGAGAAAGGUUGCCGAGCUUGAGGAUGCGCUGGGUCAGGCUGAAGAAUCUGCCUGGGCAAAGGAGCAAUCCUUUCCUAAUGAUGCUGCCGACUGGGCCGCUUGCCAUCACAUGGAAGUAGCCCGGUCUAUUCUCACCAAACCAGAGGAAACCAUGGACUUCUUCAAAGUCAUGUACAUGGAGCUGGAAGGGAAGACAAUGAUCACAGAGAUCGGGUCCUAUGGGUACCAGUGUGGCCAGAAGGCUGAGAGAUCCCCUCUCUAUGGCAAGCUCAAGAAGAGGGAUGCUACUUUUGACCCGGAAGCCAUGAAGCACCCGGCCUUGUACAAGGAAGAGCCAACCCCCCUUUCCCUUUAGAAUAGGUUAGGGUAGAUUUUGAAAAAACAACUUUGAAUUUCCCAAGGCCUGGGGGAUGUCCGGCCUGUUUUGAUUUAAUGAAUAUAAUCUUCUCCUCGCAUGCUCAAAAUAUUUACCGGCUUGUUUAUUACAUUUAGCAUGGUUGUUUCUUCUUUCGCAUGGUUGUUUUCUUGCCUAGUCUCACUUUGUAGUUGCCUGGUUUGACUUGCCUUAUGAAGAACAUAUUUGAUUGAACUUCCAUGUCAAUAAAAGUAAAUGGCCUUAUACCUU